AUGCGACUCACGGCUGGGAGUGAGGAUGCCGCUGAUGGCGGUGGUGAUGGUGGCGAUGGUGAUGAUCCGCCACGUGAUAGUGGUGAUGGUCCGCCACGUGAUGGUGGUGAUGAUCUGCCACGUGAUAAUGGCGAUCAAUCACAGCGACCCCUGCCACCCCAAAACGAUGCUCCCGGUGAUGGUGCUGUCGCUGAGAAUAACGGCUACGGCGCGUACGGAAUCAGAGGUAGCCCCCAAGACAACAACAACCCAGAACAACAAUCCCAACAACAACCAGAACAUUCUUGGCAAUGCCAGCUGUCUCAACCUUGGCUACAGUCAGUCGCUGCUGGUGCCUUCUUGAAGGACCUACAAGCUAGACUAGUGACAGUUGGUCAGAUUGCGCAUUCGUUCUUGAUUGAGAGUGCGCGUUGCUAA